CUGCACAACAAAAUAGCACAAAUAAUAAUAAUCUACAAAAUUCCUAAACAUAACGUUAUAAAAUUAAAGAAAGAAAGAAAUAUAGGCGCUCGACAGACAACUUUCUUUCUCAGUUCACGAAAGCCCCAUGAAACAACUGAAGCCGGCGUGUCUGCCCUCAGUGUCAAUUACAUGUUUUUAGCACGCUCAUUAAUAAAGAUGUCCGCUAAUAACCCUGUGCUGAACAGGCUGGAGCAGAGGACAGUGGAAGCUGACGAGGUUAUUAAAUACCUGAAGCAACAAGUUCUCCUGCUGAAGGAAAAAGCCAUCUUGCAGGCCUCUAUUCGAGAGGAAAAAAAGCUUAGAGUGGAAAAUGCUAAACUGAAAAAGGAUGUCGAGGAACUGAAAAAACAGCUGAUCGAGAAAGAAAAAAGGAAUGGAGUUAAACAGAUUGCAGUUCCUGCAGCAGCUGCUGUCCAGUCCAGUUCCAAAGUGCUUGUUUCUGAAACUGUGAAACCAGCUGCCUCCGCAGCUCCAGCAGUACUGGCCAACAAAGAAAAGGUUCAGAAAGAGAAUGAAGACAAGAAGAAGAAGAAAGAAAAGAAAGGAGAAAACAAGAAGUCUACAGGGGGUGAGGAUGAAUCCAUGCCAGUUGAUGUGUCUCGGCUUGAUCUGCGUGUUGGUAGGAUUGUGACAGCGAAGAAACAUCCCGAUGCAGACUCUCUAUAUGUGGAAGAAGUAGACCUGGGAGAAGCAACUCCCAGGACUGUCGUCAGUGGCCUAGUGAAGCAUGUGCCCAUAGAACAGGUACGUGCACACUCCCAGAGUUUACACUGCAAAAAAAUUCAGAUGUUUCAGUUUACUCUUAUGGUUGUGUGGGUCCGGUACCACUACCACGGUCAAGAGGACUGUUUCCUCUCUAGGAGCUGGGAGGGGACGCCUCGACAUGGACCCUGUCCUUUGUGGAAACUUCCGAAAGGACCAUACAUUGACACGUCCAGGGGUGAACCUGACAAGGAACUGAACCCCAAGAAGAAGGUCUGGGAGCAGAUCCAGCCUGACCUCCACACUGAUGGUCAGUGCAUCGCGACAUACAAGGGGGCAGCCUUUGAAGUCAAAGGCAAGGGGGUCUGCAAAGCUCACACCAUGAGCAACAGUGGAAUUAAAUAAAAAAAGGGUGUGCAUUGGCCCUGCUGUUUUUACCCUGAACAACAACUGAUGUGCCAGAAUGAAGGGGAGCGCCAAGUAUGGGUAAAUGACUAUAGCUCAACCACAAUAAAACAUUUUAAAGUC